AUGUCUUCGCGGGCAAGAGAAAGAGGACGAGGACGAUGGAGAGGUAGAGGAAGAGGUGGAGCAUACAGGAGGCAAAUUAUUUCACCAGCGCCUCCGCUGGGAGAGAUCCUUGUGACAAUCCAGUACGAUGAGAUCGAAAGUCCAGAACAUCAAAGUAGUGAUGUCUCCCGAAUCACAGAAAGUCAAUAUCUGACAUCCUACAAUUGGCUUGAUGGGGACAAGAGCAGUAUCAUCGUUCCAGGAGAACCACCAAAGUGGACGCCUCUGUCUGAUCCGCGCACGCUUCCGCAAGACAAUGGUACAUAUUAUCGGGAUCGAAAUGCCGCGCGAUAUCCCACUUACCCUCUCGAACCAAUGGUACAAGCAAUCCUAAUUGGCAAACCCGAGUUCCCUGUGACCGACGUGGACAUCGUUGGGUGCAACAGUACCAUGGGCCAUCUGCUACGUUUUGUACGUGGGGCAGAUGAUCCCUUUAGGAUGCUUGUACAGGUGCUCGGCAAGACCGUCUUCUUUAUCAGAAGGGAAAACUCGCCCACCGAAACAAUCCCCGGUAUCCGUGGAUAUGGGCAUACUUUCCCGGAAACAUACACCACGUGGAAUGAAAAUGUGGGCGGAUCCAAGUCCCACCAACGGGUGGUGGAGUACAAGUUUGCCGACAUGCAGUGCUUGAUCCGUUUUGAACCGGAUGGCUUCUUGCCUGACCUGGUUACGGAUACCGAGGAGACCGAAGAGCCCGUUCCCGAUCCCCAGGAAAGUAUCAACGCAGAGGAAGGUUUGCCGGCCAUCGAAAAAAUAACACUUUCGGAUGAUCCUUCGCCCACUACAGAAAUGGCACCUCAGCAGCUUGAGAUUGCAAUGCAAGGCCGGCGUAUCCCACAGUGUGCAGUCUUUGACCUGAAGACUCGAUCUCGCUCUAAGAGGAAUGCCAACAUUCUUGCCGAGGAAUUGCCCCGGUUGUGGCUUACGCAGACCCCCAACUUCAUUCUCGCCCAUCAUACAGAUGGUCAGUUCAAGCACAUUCAAGUUCGCGACGUGCGGGAUGAUGUAAAGCAGUGGGAGGAGACCGAGCAACUGAAUUUGCGCAAGUUUGCCAGCUUACUCCAGAUGAUUGUCUCAUUCGUUCGAAGCCUGGAAGAUGGAAGACUUGAGAUUGAGCGCGAGGAGAGUGCGCAAGUUUUAAAUCUGAGAGCACAAGGUGGAGUUGUCAAUAGCGUCUUGUCCCCGGCUGUCGCAAGCGACUACUGUGAUGUCUAUCUGACGCACGACUCGAUGAGCGUGCGCAAGGCGCAUAACUCCGGCCGAAACCACCUGAGGAACGUGGUGGACUACUACCAACAGAUUGGUCAAGAAAAAGCCCAGUCCGUUAUCGACUCCAUCACCUCCUCCUACGCUGCAGAGGGCCAACAAGCCCCCAACAUGAUGGCCCCCGGCGCGUUCCCGCCUCCCUUCGGAUUCCCGGGACGACCAGGCAUGCCUCCUCCCCCCUUCGGUAUCCCUCCACCAGGCGCCCCCGGUGCCCCAGGCAUGCUACCUCCCCCAGGAGCCCACGGUCUUCCCUUCCCACCUUUCCCUAACGCCGCCGGAACCCCACCAACAGGCGGCUUCCCCCCCGCCCCUCCCCAACAUGCCCCAGGGCGCAAACCUGCCGAUUCCGCCCCCAGGAGGCUUCCCUAA